UGAGCCAUUUGUAAACAACGAGGACCGAGAGCCACACGGAACGUCCAGCUCCCUCGCCCUCUCGCCCUAUUAUGUCUCAGGAGGAAAAUCACGACAUGGAAGAAGAAGUCGAAACAAAGAGCAAGGACAAGAAGGCGGCCAAGCACGACAGCGGUGCCGCCGACUUGGAAAAAGUGACGAAUUAUGCGGAGGAGAAGGAGAUCAAAUCCAACGCGAACUUUAUGUCCGUCAUCAACGACGUCAAGAAACAGGACGAAGCAACGAGAUCGGCAAAAGAACAAGAGUUGAUGAAAGUGUCCAUCAAGAAGGAAGAUGUUGAGCUAAUCAUGAAGGAGCUAGAAAUCCCUAAAGUGAAGGCAGAGCGAGCGCUACGUGAACACCAAGGGAACCUCAUAGAAACUCUAGUCACUCUUACCAAUUAGCUAUAACCAAUCUAUUAACAUUCUGUCCAUGUUAAAUUGAAAUAAACUCAAACUUUGCUA